CCUCCAGGGUGGGGUUAAAAGCAGGCUGGGCUGGGGAAGCCGAGCGUGUAGAAAACGGUCGGAGGCAGCCCUGGAAGCGCUCGGAAAGAGGGUAAAACCGUAGGAGCGAAGGAGGAGUCAGCAGAGAAAUAACUAUGGCAGACAAAAACCAUGUCCUGAAAUCACCACAAAGUGUAAUAGAUGCAAAGACUUUAUCUGGUUCUGAAGGAAAAAGCAUUCCUUUUAGCAAGUCUGUUGAUUCUGUAAUACAAGCAGAUGAAAGUUAUAGAAUGGACUGUCCAGAAAUGGGAAUAUGCAUUCUGGUCAACAAUAAACAUUUCCUUCCAGACACUGGCAUGGCACUUCGAUCUGGUACAGAUGCAGAUGCAGCCCUUGUUUUAGACACUUUCAGAACAUUGGGAUAUAAUGUGAAAACUUAUAAUGAUCUUUCAUGUAAACAAAUUAUUGAGGUGUUGCAAAACAUUGCCAAGGAUGAUCAUAGAAAGAGAAAUAGUUUUGUUUGUGUCUUGCUAAGCCAUGGAGAAGAUGGACUGAUUUAUGGCACAGAUGGCCCUCUAGAGCUGAAAAUGUUAACCAGCCUCUUCAGAGGAGACAGGUGUAAAACCCUGCGAGGGAAGCCAAAGCUGUUCUUUAUCCAGGCUUGUAGAGGAACAGAUCUUGAUUCUGGAAUUGAAACAGACAGCGGCUCAGAUGAAAGAAUGUGUCAGAAAAUACCUGUAGAAGCAGAUUUCCUAUACGCUUAUUCUACUGCACCGGGCUACUACUCAUGGAGGAAUUCCUUAGAUGGUUCCUGGUUUAUACAAUCAUUGUGUGUGAUGUUAAAACAAUAUGCUAAGAAACUUGAACUUAUGCAGAUCCUAACACGUGUAAAUCGUAAAGUUUCAGAAUUCAGUUCCUAUUCAAACAGACCUGACUUCCAUGGAAAGAAGCAGAUCCCAUGUAUUGUCUCUAUGCUAACAAAAGAUUUUUAUUUUCCAUUCUAAAGAAUUCUUUAUCUUUUGAUAUAGGAGCUAAAAGAAGGGGGAUGGCAGAAUUUGUUUUAUUCUUAGCUAUGUUUAUCUUCUGGUGCCCUGGUUGCUUUAUAAAUAUAAGAUUUAUAAAGAUAAGCAUUUCAAUUGAUAGAACAAUAGUACAGAAUUGUGUGGAUUUAGUGAUACAGAAAUUACAAUUUAAAAAAUGAAAAUAUUCCCAUUCGAUCUAGAGUAAAAUUUUCAAUAAAAAUUAUGAGAGAUUCAGUAAUUUUCGGUUGACAAUAUAAUUUGCAGGUAAAAAGUAAUAAAAUGUACCAUUUUCAAAAUAAAUGGUUAAUUUUGGUAACAAUGUUAUAGCUUAUUUGUAAAUAAACAUACAUGCAAAGAAUUAAUAUUGUUAUUGGUUGGAACUUCUUGCCAAUCAGAGUAUUUAAGACUGGAUUGUAAUAUUAUUACACAACAGAGGUUUUACAAAAUGGUGUACACUAAACUAUCAGUAGGACUGAUCUUUUGAUAAUAGAAUCAAAUUC